AUGCAAUCCGCCACGUGUGUUGAUGAAGACAGGCAAAUAAAGGCGAUAUUCACAGACGGGUUACAGAGUAAAUACCCCUAUAUUUGGUUACUCGAUAAUUGCCGGUGUACCCAGUGUUAUGUGCAUUCAGCAAAUCAAAGGCUGGUACCGUUCAGCCAGCUGGAUUUCCGAGCGGUUCCCGAAUCGGUGACGCUGACACCUGAUGGAAGCCAUCUAAGUAUUAAAUGGUCUAAAGGACAUAUCGGCGACUACAGCGUUGACUGGCUACGUACACACCAGUUUGAUUCGUCAAAGCCAGACGAGGUGGCUGAACCUCAACUGCAUAUAUGGGGUUCUGAGAUGGUCAAUACUAUACCCACGUACGAUUUUGAAGGUAUCCUGAAUAACGAGGCUGAAUUAUACAAGUGGCUAGAUUCGUUGAAUGCAUCAGGUCUUGCAUUGAUUAAGAAUGUACCUCAGGAAACAGGACAAAUAAAACGUGUUGCAAAACGAGUCUCUUUCCUCAAACCUACAAAUUAUGGAGUAUGCUUCUCAGUCAAAAGUAAAAUGAAUCCUAGUAAUACAGCCUAUACUGCUGCCGGACUUAGUCUGCACACGGAUCUGUCAAACUAUAAUCACGCACCCGGGGUACAAAUGUUACACUGUAUUCAGCAAUAUGAUGGUGAAGGUGGAGACAGUGAGUUCACUGAUGGUUUCAAAGCAGCCAUUCAACUGAAAAAAGAAAAUCCCAAAGCAUUCGAGAUACUGACAACUACCUGGUUGAAUUUCUCCGAUAUCGGGAUAGAUUAUUAUUCGUAUCACUUUAAUAGACAAUCUCCAACUAUUUGCUUGGGACGUAAGGGUAACAUAGAAGAAAUCGCAUAUAGCCGAACUUCUCUGUCUAGCAUGAUGUAUAUUCCGGUGGAGCAGGUUGAGUCAGUGUAUGAAGCAUUAAAGGCAUUCAGUGAUAUCAUGUACAAUAAGGAGAAUAUCAUCAAAUUUAAAAUGGAAUCAGGAGACAUGGUAGCAUUUAACAAUAUCCGAGUUCUCCAUGGUAGGUCAGCAUUCAAGGUCGAGCAGCGGAGCAGUCGCCAUCUUGAAGGUGGUUACAUUGAUUGGGAUGAAAUCCAUUCGAGAAUGAGAGUCCUGAAAGCAAACUUACAGAUAUAG